GCGCCACACUCUCCUCACGGUGUAUCGAACGAACGACAGAACAGUUGUUAUAGAAACGAAGACCAUAACUUGCGCAAGACACAUCUAGACAAUGUGUCUGCAAUAGUGUUUGUAUUAUUGGUUUGUUGUAGGCUAUAAACGAUCGUUUCUCUGUCUCUAUAGGGAUAUGUUGUUACCGUGGGCAUCUUAAAGCCUGCAAUAAAAAAGCUUCGACUUCUACCUCAACCCAACCGUCACCCAACGGAUAAAGGACACAUGCAGAAGCUUACAGAUGGACUGGCUCACACCGGAGAUGUGAAGUGUGUUAUGUGAAGCCAAGGUGUCAUCCCACCUUGCAGGUGGUGGGGAGAGAUGCUGCACUCUGUUGCCAUGACAGCAGAAGUCCUGUUUGUUAUGUGGUUUCUCAUGACCAGUACUCAGUGUAAUCCCGUGGCAAACUUGUUGGUGAGCCGGGAACACUUUGAGCGCGUCCUGACCCAGGCCAGAGAGGACAAGCAUGAAAGGCAGCAGGCCUCGGAGGGGGUGCUCAGUUACAGCACCCAACAACGGCUGGAGGAAAUCAGCUUCAUGGGCCUGGAGGCCAACAGAGGGGCCAGCAAUAGAACCUCUGUCAACAAAUCCAGGCCAAACUCCAGCUCCCAGAAACGUGGGGGAUCCAAGGGUGGAAAGGCAUCACAGGAGUUGUGGGGAGAGCAAGAGGGGGGCCUGAGUCGAGUAGACGAGGGCCCCACGAGUGAAACAAACCUCUCUCUUGACGCUAUCGACGAGUACGCAUAUCCAGAUUACAGAGGGAAGGGCUGCAUUGAUGAGAGUGGCUUUGUGUUUGCCAUCGGGGAGAAAUUUACUCCGGGGUCCUCCACGUGCCCUUGCCUCUGCACGGACGAAGGACCCCUGUGUGCCAAGCCUGAAUGUCCCAAAGUUCACCCUCGCUGCAUCCGGGUGGACACCAGCCAGUGCUGUCCAGAGUGCAAGGAGAAGAAGAACUACUGUGAGUUCAGGGGAAAGGUCUACACAACGCUACAAGAGUUUAAGGUGUCUCCGUGUGAGAAGUGUCGCUGUGAGGGGAGUGGAGAGGUGUUGUGCUCUGUGUCAGCAUGCCCUCAGACAGAGUGUGUGGACCCAGAGUAUGAGCCCGAUCAGUGCUGCCCCAUCUGUAAGACCGGGCCAAACUGUUAUGCAGACACACAAGUGAUCCCAGCUGGGCGCGAGGUGAAGAUUGAUGAGUGUACAAUCUGCUACUGCACGUAUGAGGAGGGCACGUGGCAGAUCGAGCGUCAGGCCACCUGCAGCAAGAAUGAAUGCCAGGUGAGCUAGAGACUGGCCCUGGCAGUGGGUAUGAGGGCAGCGCCUAUGGGCCAUAGGUGCUCCCGCCGUGUCCAUGCCAGUCAGCACGCAACUCAAUGCUAGCCUGAUUGAACCAGACUGAACGCUGGUGAGCACAAACAAUGGUGAGUGCAGCGUUCAGUCUAGUUGAACCAGGCUAACUCAACACAGCCUUCACCCAGUCUAUACCAGACAUCAGGGUCACCCCCCAGACCGUAUGAUUUCUGCAUUUAUAAUGACAUGUAUUAUUAAAUCAAGCUUUGUAUGAAGAGUUUUAAUCCACAUACAGAAUAUUUAUUUAUCUAUGUACUGAAUUAUUUAUGGAGAUAUAUAGAAGAAAAACUUUGAACUAGCCAAAACAUAUUUUUUAUAGCCACUGCAUUUUAUUAAACUGCAAUGUAUUGGGUUAGAGGUCAAAUAAACAUUAUGGAAUGUAUAGAAUCUUUACUGUACAGCUAUCUGUGUUUUAUGGAGUUAGAAACCAUAGCAUACUGACAGGUGGUGUCAUUCUUACAUGAUGCACCACCUGAAGUAAAACAAUGGAUAAAACUUGUAAGGUUUCAAUAUGAAAAUUGUACGUAAUUUUGAAAAUAACUUCAUGAAGAAAUGUAAGAAAUGACAUGACUGUUUAGUGAUUUAGUUAUAUUUUUUUGCCAUUUCAAUGUGUUUUGAUUUUAUGUGCUUUUUGUAAGCAGUUCUCUUUGUAUUAUGGAUUCAUGUUUAGAAUAAACAGCAACCUGUGCGCUGUAGGUGCUUGUAUGAUAAUAUCAAUCAAUUUCUUGAACCAAAUACAUAAAAACGAAAAAGUAUAAUAUAUAUUGUUUUCUAUUUUGUAAAAAAAAAUCCCACUCCAGAUACAAACUUAUACAUAUGAACAACAACUUACAGACACACAAACGAUGACUACAUGUCAUCUGCCCAGACCCACAUGCUCACA